GAUGCAAUUUUGCCUUUAAAUUGCAAACUGCACGCCUAGUUUUGUAAAUAUUGAUUAAUCAUAACUCGGUCAACAUGCCUACAGAUCAGCUUUCGGAAUUAUCGUUAAGUGCGCUUUUCACUUCCGAAAAGCGUGGCAGCGAUGAUACUGGCGAUGGCAGCGAGGCCAAGCCCUAUAAGACCAUUUUGCAGGCUAUGCGUCAUGCAGGCAAGGAACCCUUUCCAACCAUCUAUGUGGACAGCAAGGAUCCGAAUGCAGCGGAAGCAUAUGAGACAGCUGCCAAGUCUCAAUUGAAGAAAAUACAAAAGCUAUUUGUACGCGAAGGUCAUAAGAAUGCCGAGAAACAACAACGCGAGGCUGAAGAUGCUGAGAAGCGUCAGCAGAAUUUGGAGGAGGCGCGCAAGGUGAAGAUUUCAGAGGAUCCUAGUUGGCCGGUGGCCAUCAAAGUACGCAUUCUGCAGGGCGCCGACAACCGCGGCAAGCGCGUUAAAAUUUAUGGCUGGGUGCAUCGCUUGCGUCGUCAGGGCAAGGCUCUUAUCUUUAUAACUUUACGCGAUGGCACGGGAUUCCUGCAAUGCGUGCUGACAGACCAGCUUUGUCAGACCUAUGACGCUCUAACGCUGAGCACGGAGAGCACUGUCGUGCUCUUUGGCACCCUUAAGCCUGUGCCGGAGGGCAAGACUGCGCCUGGGGGCCAUGAGUUGCAUGUGGAUUAUUGGGAGCUAAUAGGAUUGGCCCCACCUGGAGGCGCUGAUGCCAUACUCAACGAAGAGGCGCAUCCCGAUGUGCAGCUGGAUAACAGACAUAUUAUGAUACGUGGAGAGAACACUUCCAAGGUGCUGAAGAUGCGCUCUGUGGUAAUGCAGGCAUUCCGUUCCCAUUACUUUGCUCGUGACUACAAUGAGGUGACGCCACCCACUCUGGUGCAGACACAGGUGGAGGGCGGCUCCACACUGUUCAAGCUGCAGUACUUCGGAGAGGAAGCCUAUCUCACGCAGAGCUCCCAGCUCUAUUUGGAGACCUGUCUGCCCGCCCUGGGCGAUGUAUUCACCAUCGCUCAGAGCUAUCGUGCAGAGCAGAGUCGCACGCGUCGUCAUUUGGCCGAAUACACGCACAUCGAGGCCGAAUGUCCCUUCAUAACGUUUGAUGAUUUGUUGGACCGCCUGGAGGAUUUGGUUUGCGAUGUAGUUGAUCGCAUUCUAAAGUCGCCGUGGGGCUAUCUGGUCAAGGAAUUAAACCCAGAUUUCAAGCCGCCACAGCGUCCGUUCCGUCGAAUGAACUACGAGGAUGCCAUCAAAUGGCUGAAGGAGAACAAUGUUACCAAGGAUGAUGGAACCUUCUACGAGUAUGGCGAGGAUAUACCUGAGGCGCCCGAGCGAAAAAUGACUGACACGAUCAAUGAGCCAAUUAUGCUGUGCCGUUUCCCAGCCGAGAUUAAAUCCUUCUACAUGUCUCGUUGCAAGGACGAUGCUCGUCUUACAGAGAGCGUUGAUGUCCUGCUGCCCAAUGUGGGUGAAAUCGUUGGUGGCUCCAUGAGGAUCCAUGACAGCGAGGAGCUUCUCAAAGGGUAUGCACGCGAGGGAAUUGAUCCCAAGCCCUACUAUUGGUAUACAGAUCAGCGCAUCUAUGGCACUUUACCACAUGGUGGCUAUGGCUUGGGUCUGGAGCGAUUCCUCUGCUGGCUCCUCAACCGCUAUCAUAUUCGCGAGGUGUGCCUCUACCCACGCUUCCUGGACAGAUGCAAGCCCUAAAUAUGCUCACGUACGAAUACUAAAAAAAUUCUUAUUAGCUUGCAGCAUUUAGAAAAUGAACAGCUACGAAAUGUUUUUCUAUUUAUGUACUUCAUCCCUAAUCUGUAUGUUUAACCUAAUAAAGGUCUGGCAUAUACUACAUAGUAUCUA